UUUGAGCAGUUGAAAUGCAAAGCUGGUAGAUGUCGCCGACGUUGAUAAAAACGAAGAAACGGGCGGCCGGAGCCCUAUUUGCGGUGGCUCUGAACCAGGUUCAGAUCCACCAGACUCGCCCGGUCGGCAGUGCAAUCGCUUCCGAUUCAUUCUCCAACGACCGUCGCCUUUGGCUCCACGACUCCUCCGCUCUUCUCCGCCCCAUUUUCAGGUACCUAGAGAUUGAUAGUGCACACUGGCCUGAUCUGGAGACAACUGCCACCAGUUCUCAUGUCAAGAAUCAUGUUGGAUCAUUCUUACGAGUACUUGCAGAAGAAAAUGAUGAAUCUUCUACAAAACUGGAAGAGCAGGAACUUGCAUUAUCCAAAGCUGUAGAAGCAAUGGAAUCAAACAUAAGUACAUCUCGAGAAUAUUACGAGCGGAAAAAAGAAAAGCAUCGUGUAUAUGCACACGAGUGGCGGGAGAAGUUCUUGGGUAAUGAAUCAAUGGCCGAAACCAAAAAACACCUUCAAAAAACAGAAGAAAAAGACUGCAAGUCACCUCAUCCUGAACAAGCGCCUGCUGCAUCCACCAGUGAAGUUGAAGAAAAAUCGUUUGAAGAAGCUAAAAUGAUUGGUAACCGUAGGAAAGUGGUGGUUUUAUACGAGCUUCUUUCAGCUUGUUUGGCAGAUACACCUGGAGAUGAUAUCAACUCUAAACGAUCUCUAGAAGGGUAUGAUGCUCGUCAUCGUUCUGCUUUGAGGUUGCUGACAACGUGGUUUGAUAUCAAGUGGAUCAAAAUGGAAGCGAUUGAGGUGUUUAUUUCUUGUUCGGCAAUGGCUGUGUUGAAACAAGGUGACGGGAAAGAAAACGAGAACGCCUCGGAUGACUCGUGGGAGAAGUGGAAACGUGGUGGUCUCAUUGGAGCCGCUGCUAUAACUGGUGGAACGUUAAUGGCAAUCACUGGUGCUGUUGUAUUACAUACAUGUUCUUCAACAGGAUUAGCUGCUCCCGCAAUUGCUUCAGGAGUUGGUGCUUUAGCACCUACGUUAGGCACCGUCGUGCCAGUAAUUGGAGCCGGUGGUUUUGCUGCUGUUGCAAGUGCUGCUGGGAGCGUUGCAGGUUCUGUUGCAGUUGCUGCAUCAUUUGGAGCUGCUGGGGCUGGACUUAGUGGGGCAAAGAUGGCUAGAAGGACCGGAAGUGUCGAUGAAUUUGAGUUCAAAGCAAUAGGGGAAAACCACAAUCAAGGCAGGCUGGCAGUUGAAAUCAUGGUUGCAGGGUUUGUGUUUGACGAAGCAGAUUUUGUGAGGCCUUGGGAAGGUGAAAACGAUAACAUGGAAAGGUAUGCGCUACAGUGGGAAUCUAAGCAUCUGAUUGCUGUAAGCACUGCAAUCCAAGAUUGGCUUACAUCAAGAAUUGCAAUGGAAAUGAUGAAACAAGGUGCUAUGAUGACAGUACUAAGCUCUCUUUUAACCGCCUUAGCCUUGCCUGCCGCAUUGCUUACUCUAACCGAUAUCAUUGACAGCAAAUGGUCUAUUGCUGUGGACAGAUCUGACAAGGCUGGCAAACUGCUUGCUGAAGUGUUGGUCAAUGGACUACAAGGUAACAGGCCUGUGACACUAGUAGGAUUCUCACUCGGGGCACGUGUGAUAUUCAAGUGUCUUGAGAAUUUGGCCGAAUCUGGUCAUGUUGGAAUUGUGGAAAGAGUUGUUCUUCUUGGAGCCCCGGUUGCUAUAAAAGACGAAAAAUGGGAAGCAGUUAGGAAGGUUGUUUCUGGAAGAUUGAUUAACGCUUAUUCGACAAAUGAUUGGACACUUGGAGUGGCAUUUCGAGCCAGUCUCCUUAGUCAAGGAUUAGCCGGAAUUGAACCCGUUGAUGUUCCUGGAAUCGAGAAUGUUGAUGUUACAGAAGUCAUUGAGGGCCACUCUUCAUAUCUAUGGGGUACCCGAGAGAUACUAGAUCGCCUUGAUCUCGACGCGUAUUAUCCCGUUUUCAAAGUCACGCAUACCAAGAGUCCAGACACAACUUAGUUUUGUGAUACACACUGCCUUUUUCAGAUCAAUGGUUUAUAAUGGUCCAUUUCUAGGUUGCUUGUGUGCAAGUUUGAGUAGUUUUACUUGACUUUCAAUAUUUUCGUUAAAAUCAGAAUUACCAAAAAGUAUAAGUUUUCAUUAGGCUAAAUAUCUGAACACAAGUUAAAGCAUCA